AUGGAAUUAAUUAUUUUAGUAGUUCCAGCACCCUUAACUAGACAGCAAAUAAUUGUUAUGGCCCUGCUCGCAAUAUCAAAUGUCUCAUCAACAAUAACUUUUUCCUGUAUUGUACCUUUCCUUCCAACAGAAGCUACUAAACGGAAAGGCUUAAGUACAACACAAGUUGGAUUUGUUAUUGGCUAUUACCAACUUAUUCAAUCUAUUGCUUCCCCUGUUAUUGGAAAAUAUAUAGGGAAAUUACACGCAAAUAGGACAUUUGCUGCUGGAGGUAUACUUUGUGGUAUCAGUUCAAUAGCUUUUGGUUUUGCCGAUUAUUUACCUUCUGGCCCAAUGUUUUUCUUUGGAUUACUAGUUUGCAGGACAACUCAAGCCAUUGGGGGAAGUUGUUUCAACACUGCCACUUGGACAAUUAUUGGGAGAAUAUUUACGCACAGAAUAAGUUUGGCAAUGGGUAUUAAUGAAGUUGCAUUAGGGCUUGGAUACACUUUAGGACCAGCAAUAGGAAGUGCUUUGUAUGAAGUCGGUGGAUAUGUUUUGCCUUUAUUUGUUGUUGGAUCUGUGCAGGUGCUGAUUGUUUUGGGUGCUCUUCCAUUUUAUCGUGGCCUUUUAUCUGAGGGUUUGUAUUAA